UCUCUCACUCUCUACAUUCUCUCUCUUCACUCUCUCUCUCUCAUUAAAUUGAAAAAAAAAAGUCAGAUUAUUAUUUUUUUUGGUGAAGUAAAAGUGUUGCUUUACAGCUCAACUUCGUCUUCUUCCUCCUCCUCGCGGAUCCAUUCUCAGGGGCCUCUUUUUUUUUUCUUGAAGAUAGGCAGAACAGCUGAGUGAGUAUAUGCGCUACGAGGGGGAAGAUUCGGGAGGUUGUUCUUUCAAAUGAUUGGCAGUAAAUAUAAUGUGCUUGAACGGUUCCAUGAUGGGCGUCUGUCUGAUGAACCGCUGGCUUCUUUUCAUCACUUUUCUUUGUGCACUGACCAAUGUUAAUGAAGCGCUUAGUCCUGAUGGUGAGGCGCUUGUGAGAUUUAGAAGUGGAGUUUCGAAAUCUGACGGUGUCAUCAGUCAGUGGAGACCAGAGGAUCCAGAUCCGUGUAACUGGAAGGGAGUGACUUGCGAUGCGAAAACAAAAAGAGUUAUUGCCUUGAGUCUUACUCAUCACAAAUUAAGGGGACCUUUACCUCCUGAGCUUGGACAGCUGGAUCAAUUGAGGCUCUUAAUGCUUCAUAACAACGCUCUAUAUGGCUCCAUACCUGCAGCAUUGGGAAAUUGCACGGCACUGGAGGAAAUAUACUUGCAGAACAAUUACUUGACUGGGACAAUCCCAAGUGAAAUGGGAAACUUGUCUGCGCUUAAAGAUCUGGACAUCUCAAACAACAAUCUGAAUGGAGCUAUCCCUGUUUCACUUGGGCAGUUGGAGAAGCUUACUACUUUCAAUGUCUCAAACAAUUUUCUGGAGGGGAAGAUACCUUCUGAUAGCUUACUCGCCCGCUUUUCAAAGGACUCCUUCAUUGGAAAUCUUAACUUGUGUGGAAAACAAAUUGAUGUGGUGUGCAAAGAUGAUAGGGGAAACUCUUCUACCGGGUCGACGGCAGGCCAAGGAGGUAAAACCGUUAAGCUGCUUAUAAGUGCAUCAGCCACUGUUGGUGGGUUGCUCCUAGUGGCGCUCAUGGGUUUCUGGGGAUGCUUUCUUUAUAAAAAGCUUGGAAGAGUUGAGAGCAAAACCCUUGCGAUAGAUGUCAGCGGAGGUGCGUCUAUAGUGAUGUUCCAUGGAGAUUUACCCUAUGCUUCUAAAGACAUAAUCAAGAAACUGGAAGCUCUUAACGAAGAGCAUAUAAUAGGCUGUGGAGGUUUCGGAACAGUUUACAAACUCGACAUGGAGGAUGGAAAUGUCUUUGCGCUGAAGAAAAUUGUAAAGUUAAAUGAAGGGUUUGAUAGGUUUUUCGAAAGGGAGCUUGAGAUCCUCGGAAGCAUCAAACAUCGUUACCUCGUGAAUCUACGUGGAUACUGCAAUUCACCCACAUCGAAACUUCUCCUCUAUGAUUACCUUCCUGGUGGUAGCCUUGAUGAAGCUCUUCAUGAGAGAGGCGACCAACUGGAUUGGGAUUCAAGAGUUAAUAUAAUAAUAGGAGCAGCAAAAGGGUUAGCAUACUUGCAUCACGAUUGUUCUCCUAGGAUUAUUCACCGUGAUAUAAAGUCGAGCAACAUUUUACUCGAUGGAAAUCUUGAGGCUCGAGUAUCGGACUUUGGACUUGCUAAGCUGUUAGAGGACGAAGAGUCUCACAUCACAACCAUUGUUGCUGGCACAUUUGGUUACUUGGCUCCAGAGUAUAUGCAAAGCGGUAGAGCGACAGAGAAAACCGAUGUAUACAGUUUCGGAGUUUUGGUUCUGGAAGUCUUGAGUGGUAAACUCCCCACGGAUACCUCCUUCAUCGAGAAAGGCUAUAACGUUGUUGGUUGGCUAAACUUCUUAAUCAGCGAGAACCGUGCACGGGAGAUUGUUGAUAGAAGCUGUCAAGGAGUAGAGACAGAGAGUCUUGACGCUCUUCUCUCCAUAGCAACGAAGUGUGUCUCUUCAAGUCCAGACGAGCGUCCCACAAUGCAUAGAGUCGUCCAGUUACUUGAGUCCGAAGUUAUGACUCCUUGCCCUAGUGAGUUCUACGAUUCCAGCUCCGAUUGAAAAAUUCCACAAGUCUCUUUUCUUCACGAUUCGAUUUCAAUUUUCCUGUUUCACAUCAAAAGGUUCGAGCAAUUCAUCUUUUUGUAUUUUUUUGGAAUGUUUUCUGGAAUUGGUUAAACCCUUUCAUUUGAUCUGAAUAUGAAAACUAAAAUGUAUAUGUUCAUUGUAGAAACACUGUUAUGUUUUCACGAGGAAUUUAAAUAAUAAUUUUAUAUUUUCCA